AUGAUGACUCCAAAGGUCGUUGAAGAUACCCAGAGUUUACUCUUAAAGGCCAUCAACAAACUCACAAGCAUUAGCUCGCAAUUAUACGAUCAAAAGGAUCAGUACUUUCCCGCCCCCGCACUCGAAAAAUUCAGAGAAGCGUCGGAAUUGAUCAGAGAUGGAAUGGCGACACUCAACGAGGGUUCCCCGCCAGUUUGGUUGGGUGUCAGGGAUCAAUUCUUCGAUUUCUUUUAG